AUGAUUACAUGCAGUGUAGGCCGUUAUGUGCCGAAGCGAUACUUUAUUUUUGGACUGUAUUUCUUUUGCUUGGUUAGUCUGAUAAUUCUGUACAAUAUAAUUGGCCGAGAUGAGAGUAGCGAUCAAAGCGAAGUUGCACAACCUUAUACCUUAUACGGUAGGGUAACAACGAACUCCUCGAAGAUGAAAACCUGGUUCUUUUAGAUGGACUGGAUCCUUUUUUUGAGUAUCGGAAGUUGGAAAAGAAAGAUUGGCAUGAUUAUGAAGCCAUGGAGAAAGAUCGAAGCCGAAAAGGGCCUGGCGAACAAGGAAAGCCCUUAGAAACGCCUAAGGACACGGAUGAGAUGGCCAGGGAAAGGGUAAGGAUACGCAACUGUAGGGUUUAUAAGUGAUAUAGGAAAGACUUUACAAGGUGAACGGAUAUGAUGGGUAUGCCAGUGACAUGAUUGCUUUGGAUCGGGCUGUCAAGGAUAUCAGACAUCCGGGAUGUAAGCGGGUGAAUUAUGUGGCGAAACUCCCUUCGGUCACUGUCAUCUUCCCUUUCCAUAAUGAGGUAACACCGUCAUACGUAAUGCCUAAAUCAUCAUCAAUAUUUUAGCACAAAUCAGCAUUAUUACGGAGUGUUUAUUCAAUAUUAAAUAGAAGCCCUAAAGGGGUUCUCCAAGAAAUAAUCUUGGUGGAUGAUGCAAGUUCGAAAGAAGAACUAAAGCAACCAUUACAAGAUUAUCUAAAUGUGCAUGAUCUAAGUGGAAUUGUGAAGAUUGUUAGAACAAAGUAAGAGACGUAUUGCACAUCUCAUUUGUCUUUCAGGAAACGGGAAGGCCUUAUCAGAGCACGACAGAUCGGAGCAACAGCAGCAACAAAAGAGGUUCUGGUGUUCUUGGAUGCUCAUUCAGAGGCUAAUUACAACUGGUUGCCUCCUCUUGUGGAGCCGAUUACAUUAGAUUACCGAACAAUUGUAUGUCCCUUUGUGGAUAUUGUCGAUUGUAAUACGUAUGAAUACAAAAGUCAGGAUGAGGGGGCCAGAGGUAAGCUUGGUUAAAAUGUAUAUUUAGGGAUAUUCAAUAAUAAUUUUAGGGUCAUUCGAUUGGAGUUUCAAUUACAAACGCCUACCUUUAACAAAAGAAGAUCAGAUUAACCCCAUUAAACCUUUUAAGAGCCCGGUUAUGGCCGGUGGGUACUUUGCGAUCAGCGCCAAAUGGUUUUGGGAACUGGGAGGGUAUGACGAAGGUCUGGAUAUAUGGGGAGGAGAGCAGUACGAGCUCAGUUUUAAGGUUGGUUCUAAAAAUGAUCCGCCGCAUAGGACAGAUAUUUUGCUAGCCAUUUGGAUGGCUUUAGGUUAACCCUACAUUUGUAUAGCUAUUUCCCCGUAAACUGCUUUAAAGAAGUUGUGGCAAUGCCCCCAAAUAUGUAUAAUACUUUUGACUUUCCCCGAUUGACUGUUAGGACUUUCCCUACCUAAUGGUGUAAAUUUUCAGACCUGGCAAUGUCACGGAAAGAUGGUGGAUGCCCCUUGUUCCCGAGUGGGGCACAUCUAUCGAUGUAAAUAUAUUCCAUUCCCCAAUCCUGGAGUUGGCGACUUUAUCUCUCGGAAUUACAAAAGAGUGGCCGAGGUCUGGAUGGAUGAAUACAAAGAGUUUCUCUACAAAAGAAGGCCUGAAAUGAAGGAUGUCAGCCCCGGAAAUCUCACCAAACAACUUGCGAUCAGAGCGAAAUUAAAGUGUAAUUCCUUCGAUUGGUUUAUGAAGAACGUCGCUUUUGAUCAGGAUCUUUUUUAUCCCAAUGUGGAACCACCAGACAGUGCGAAUGGUAUGAUUCGUGAAAUUGUGUCAAGUUACGUCUUAUGUAAUUGUAUUUUAGGUGAGUUGAAGAAUGUAGAAGUCCAGAAAUGUGUUGACACGCAGUUCAAAGGGAACGGUGAAACAUUUGGUCUUAAACCAUGCUUAUCAGAGAGUACAUUCAACACUGGGGAACAGGUACUUUUAUUGAUUUAAAAUUAAUUUUUCUUCCAGGAACUCCGUAUGGGUUUCCAAUUGGAUAUCCGAGGAAGGAAUGACAAGAAUCUUUGUUUCGAUGUUUCCCAGUAUCAGGAGAGAGCGCCAGUACUUCUUUUCGGAUGUCAUGGUACCAAGGGGAAUCAAUUAUUCAGAUACUUAAUAGAGUACAAGCAGAUUUUACAUCCAGUCUCCAAUCUCUGUCUUGAUGCUGAUCCAAAAACAGAUGAGAUAUUUAUGAGUAAAUGCCUGAAGGCUAAACGAACACAGAAAUGGGAGUGGAAGUACCUCAAUAAGACGUUGAUGGAGAAACGAAAUUCAAUUCCGAUGUGA